AUGGCGUCCCUCAGGGUUCUGUACUUGGUCCCCUUCUGUUCAUCAUCUACAUCCUCCCAAUUGGACAAAUCCUCCGUCAACACCAACUCCACAGCCAGGAACUCAGAUCCAGAGAGCAGUUUACAACCAAAGACUGAGUACGCCACUGGAGACUCUUCUGAACCUGACACUGGAGACUCUUCUGAACCUCACAUUGGAGACUCUUCUAAACCUGACACUGGAGACUCUUCUGAACCUGACACUGAACACAGUGCUGAUUGGAAGGAGACCAGAGAAUCUGCUUCAGCCUCAAAAUCACUGAAAAAUAGACAAGAAUCUCUCAUUGAUUCAAGCCGUAGUGCUGGAAAGAAACAAUUUGGCUGCUCUGUGUGUACGAAAUCUUUUGCAUUAAGUCACACUUUAAAAAAACACAUGAGAAUCCACACAGGAGAGAAACCAUACAGAUGCUCGGUUUGUACCAAAUCUUUUGCAUUGAGUCAACAUUUAAAGACACACAUGAGAAUCCACACAGGAGAGAAACCAUACAGAUGCUCAGUAUGUAAGAAAUCUUUUUCACAGAGUGGGAGUUUAAAGGAACACAUGACAAUCCACACAGGAGAGAAACCCUUUAGUUGCUCGGUUUGUACCAAAUCUUUUGCAUGGAGUCAAAAUUUAAAGACACACAUGAGAAUCCACACAGGAGAGAAACCCUUUAGCUGCUCGGUUUGUACCAAAUCUUUUGCAGUUAGAGACAGUUUAAAAAAACACAUGAGAAUCCACACAGGAGAGAAACCAUACAGAUGCUCAGUCUGUAAGAAAGCUUUUUCACAGAAUAUACAUUUAAAGGAACACAUGAGAAUCCACACAGGAGAGAAACGAUACAUUUGCUCAGUCUGUAAGAAAGCUUUUUCACAGAGUAGAGGUUUGAAGACACACAUGAGAGUUCACACAUGAGAAAAAUCUGUCUGACUGGAUUAACAUUGUCGCACAACAUUCAUAAAAUACUUAAGUGAACUCCAUCUUUAUCAACAUAAGUGGACAAUAUGUUUAAUGUUUUUGUCAUACUGAUUUUCUGAUUCAUACAUUAACCACUGACUGUUGAUGAACCAUUUUAUUUUGGAUUGAGGGCUCCAAGUUUCCAUAUAGAGAUAUAGGAUGAUUUGAUGUAUUGUUCUUUAUUUCUAAAUGUUUGGUAUCAUUGCUAUCCUGUUAAUGAGCCCUGUUUUACAUAAAUGUACCUGUUAUCUGAUUGUUUUUGCCUCUGUAACUGUAAGGGAAGUAGGGCUGCACGAUAUAUCGUGUCGUGAGGAUAAUCACGUUAUGCGCAUGCAGGACGAUUUUAAUUUAAUUUAAUUUAUUUUUUAGGACGUGCGAUAAUACGUCGGAAAAUUAAC